AUGUCUCAGGAUCUUUUCGACGUACCCAUUUUCUUCAUUGUUUUCCGUGAAACCACGGAAGCAGCCAUUAUUGUGUCUGUCCUUCUGUCGUUCUUGCGCAAGGUGUUUGAUGCCAACACACCGAUGUACAAGCGUUUACGCAACCAAGUCUGGAUUGGUGCUGCUAUUGGUCUUCUCAUUUGUUUAUGUAUUGGCGCUGCUUUCAUCGCUGUUUGGUACACUGUUCUUAACGAUAUCUGGGGUAAUUCCGAAGAUAUCUGGGAAGGUGUCUUCUCUCUCAUUGCUACUAUUAUGAUUACC